GGCCGGCCCGAGUUGGCUGGAGCCGUUGCUAUGACAAGCGAUUUCUUCGCGAGGCUCUGUUCCUGACGCCGCGUCCGGAGCCCUGGGGGUCGCGAGGCAGUCUCGAACUUGCCAGGAGGGCUGCAUCCCUGGGACGCCAGCCAGAGCCGAGGCCCCCGCCCAGCUCCCCUGCGUAGCGCGUCUUCUUCCAGGAGCCCGGGCAGGGCCGGGGAGGAGACCCAGCCAGCCCACUCCCCCCCGGCGGCCUCGGGAACGGCGAGGCGGCCGUCUCGGCCCGGGCGAGAGCGGAGUGGGGAGGGUCGGCCCGGCGUCGGCCCCGUGCAUGGCUGCCCGAAGACAGCGUCCCGCGCGGACCAGCCCGGAUCGUUGCUAGAGAGAGAUCUGGUUGUCAUCGGUAUCCAGGAAGCCCUCCUCUUCCUUCUCCUCCUCCUCUUCCUGCUGCUGUUCAACCACCGCAGUUGCUGGUUGUUGCUAAGGUUGCCUCCAUGGUAACGUGUACGUCCUGUUUAUACCUCUGUCUGGGCAAGUCGGUCUGAGCUAGGAACCUAUCUACCCCGGUCCACCACAUCAUCCCCACCUGGGGACACCAAUCAUUGUGACACGAACGUCCGGCUUCCACUUGGUUCCCCCAGCUUCUUCCUCCUCUCACUGCCAACCUUCCUCCUGAAGAGAAGAACUAGACUCGGGGUUGCUGCUGUGGAGUGUAUUGCACAAGACAGCAGGUCUGUCUCCUGACAGGGUCCCAAGAGCAGCAAGAAGUGCGACUAAAAGGGACUGGGAAGCAGAAGACGCCCACCUGUUGAAGGGGAGACCCCUCCACCCCUUGACUGGGCUAGGGGCUUGGUAACAGCUGGCAAAAUGACGAACCCAUCAGAACAUGCUCUGCCAGCCAACUCGCUGGCCGAGCCUCAUGAAGGAGACUUUGGCUGCACGCUCAUGGACCUGAGGAAGCUCAUGGAGCUGCGGUCCACCGAUGCAGUGACCCAGAUCAACGUCCAGUAUGGAGGAGUCCAGAACCUCUGCAGUCGACUAAAAACCUCCCCUGUGGAAGGUCUCUCUGGGAACCCCGCGGAUCUGGAGAAGCGCAGGCAGGUGUUCGGGCAGAACCUGAUCCCCCCGAAAAAGCCCAAGACCUUCUUAGAGUUAGUGUGGGAAGCCCUCCAAGACGUCACCCUCAUCAUCCUGGAGAUCGCCGCCAUCAUCUCCCUGGUCCUGUCCUUCUACCGGCCGCCGGGGGGAGAGAACGAGCUGUGUGGUCAGGCCACACACAGCGCAGAUGAUGAAGGGGAGGCGGAAGCUGGCUGGAUCGAGGGGGCGGCCAUCCUCUUCUCGGUGAUCAUCGUGGUGUUGGUGACGGCUUUCAAUGACUGGAGUAAGGAGAAGCAGUUCCGAGGGCUCCAGAGCCGCAUCGAACAGGAGCAGAAGUUCUCCGUCAUCCGAAAUGGCCAGCUCAUCCAGCUGCCGGUGGCUGAGAUUGUAGUGGGCGACAUCGCUCAAAUCAAAUAUGGUGACCUGCUGCCAGCAGACGGGAUCCUGAUCCAGGGCAACGACCUGAAGAUUGACGAGAGCUCCCUGACGGGAGAAUCGGAGCACGUCAAGAAGUCCCUGGAGAAAGACCCCAUGCUGCUGUCAGGUACCCACGUCAUGGAAGGUUCUGGCCGGAUGGUAGUGACUGCUGUGGGUGUCAACUCCCAGACUGGAAUUAUUUUCACCCUGCUGGGGGCCAAUGAGGAUGAUGAGGAGGAAAAGAAGAAGAAAGGCAAAAAACAAGGAGUCCCUGAAAAUCGCAACAAAGCAAAGACCCAGGAUGGUGUGGCCCUGGAAAUCCAGCCACUCAACAGCCAGGAGGGAGCCGACAACGAGGACAAGGACAAGAAGGCUGCCAAGGUGCACAAGAAGGAGAAGUCGGUGUUGCAGGGCAAGCUGACGCGCCUGGCCGUCCAGAUCGGGAAAGCAGGUCUUAUCAUGUCUGCCAUCACCGUUGUCAUCCUGAUCCUGUACUUUGUGAUUGACAACUUCGUGAUCCAGGGGAGACCGUGGCUAGCUGAGUGUACCCCUGUCUACAUCCAGUACUUUGUCAAGUUCUUCAUCAUCGGCGUCACAGUGCUGGUGGUUGCCGUGCCCGAGGGGCUGCCGCUGGCCGUCACCAUCUCCCUGGCCUAUUCGGUGAAGAAAAUGAUGAAAGACAACAACCUUGUGCGGCACCUGGACGCCUGUGAGACCAUGGGCAACGCCACGGCCAUUUGCUCUGAUAAGACGGGCACUCUGACCAUGAACCGUAUGACUGUGGUACAGGUGUAUGUUGGGGGCACCCAUUACCACCAGGUCCCGGGCCCCGACGUCUUCGUGCCCAAGGUCCUGGACCUCAUUGUCAAUGGCAUUUCCAUCAACAGUGCUUAUACGUCCAAGAUUCUGCCUCCAGAGAAGGAGGGAGGCCUGCCACGGCAGGUGGGCAACAAGACCGAGUGUGCCCUGCUGGGUUUUGUCACUGAUCUGAAGCAGGACUACCAGGCGGUGCGCAACGAGGUGCCCGAGGAGAAGCUGUUCAAGGUGUACACCUUCAACUCCGUGCGCAAGUCCAUGAGCACCAUCAUCCGCAAGCCCAGCGGCGGCUUCCGCAUGUACAGCAAGGGCGCCUCCGAGAUCAUGCUGCGCAAGUGCAACCGAAUCCUGGACAAGAAAGGGGAGGCCAUGCCAUUCAAGAACAAGGACCGGGAUGACAUGGUGCGCACCAUCAUCGAGCCCAUGGCCUGCGAGGGGCUGCGCACGAUCUGCAUCGCUUACCGGGACUUCGAUGACGCCGAGCCCUCGUGGGACAAUGAGAGCGAAAUCCUCACCGAGCUCACCUGCAUUGCCGUCGUGGGCAUCGAGGACCCCGUGCGCCCAGAGGUCCCAGAAGCUAUCGCCAAAUGCAAACGAGCUGGCAUCACCGUCAGAAUGGUGACCGGGGACAAUGUCAACACAGCCCGAGCCAUUGCCACCAAGUGUGGCAUCCUGACACCUGGAGAUGAUUUCCUGUGCUUGGAAGGCAAAGAAUUCAACCGACUCAUCCGCAAUGAAAAGGGCGAGGUGGAGCAAGAGAAGCUGGACAAGAUCUGGCCUAAGCUUCGGGUGCUAGCACGGUCCUCACCCACGGACAAGCACACGCUAGUGAAAGGCAUCAUUGACAGUACGGUGGGGGACCAGCGGCAAGUGGUGGCUGUCACUGGUGAUGGCACGAACGACGGGCCCGCCCUCAAGAAAGCAGAUGUUGGUUUUGCCAUGGGGAUCGCAGGCACAGAUGUGGCAAAGGAGGCGUCAGACAUCAUCCUCACCGACGACAACUUCACCAGCAUCGUCAAGGCCGUGAUGUGGGGACGCAAUGUGUAUGACAGCAUCUCCAAGUUCCUGCAGUUCCAGCUGACGGUCAACGUGGUGGCCGUGAUCGUGGCCUUCACGGGAGCCUGCAUCACCCAGGACUCGCCCCUGAAAGCUGUGCAGAUGCUCUGGGUCAAUCUGAUCAUGGACACAUUCGCUUCGCUGGCCCUGGCCACAGAGCCACCCACGGACUCGCUGCUCAAGCGCCGCCCCUACGGCCGGAACAAGCCCCUGAUCUCACGGACCAUGAUGAAGAACAUCCUGGGCCACGCGGUCUACCAGCUCACUGUCAUCUUCUUCCUGGUCUUUGCUGGUGAUAAGUUCUUCGACAUCGACAGCGGGCGGAAGGCGCCCCUGCACUCGCCGCCCAGCCAGCACUACACCAUUGUCUUCAACACCUUUGUGCUGAUGCAGCUUUUCAACGAGAUCAACUCUCGCAAGAUCCACGGCGAGAGGAACGUGUUUUCUGGCAUCUACCACAACCUCAUCUUCUGCUCUGUGGUCCUGGGCACAUUCAUCAGCCAGGUUCUCAUCGUGGAGUUUGGGGGCAAGCCCUUCAGUUGCACUAAGCUCAACCUGUCCCAGUGGCUGUGGUGUCUCUUCAUCGGGAUUGGAGAACUUCUGUGGGGCCAGAUCAUCUCAGCCAUACCCACCCAGUCCCUCAAGUUCCUGAAGGAGGCUGGCCACGGCACAGCCAAGGAGGAGAUCAGCAAGGAUGCCGAGGGGCUGGAUGAGAUUGAUCACGCUGAGAUGGAGCUGCGCCGAGGCCAGAUCCUGUGGUUCCGAGGCCUGAACCGCAUCCAGACCCAGAUCAAAGUGGUCAAAGCCUUCCAUAGCUCCCUCCACGAAAGCAUUCAGAAACCCAAGAACCAGGACUCCAUCCACAGCUUCAUGACCCACCCUGAGUUCGCCAUAGAUGAGGAGUCGCCACAAACACCACUCUUAGAUGAGCAAGAGGAAGAAAAUCUGGAAAAGGCUUUGCAAUCUGGACCGCAGGCAUUCCCGCUGGAUGGCGAGGCCACUCCGUACGCCAACAAAAACAACAACGCCGUGGAUCGCACCCAAGCGCAAGCCGCUGCCUCCCGCUCAGACAGCCCUCUGCACAGCCUGGAGACCUCGGUCUGAACUUGCCUCCUCUGUCCUCCCCCGUACCCUCCCUACUUCCCUUUUCAUCUGUCCCAUCCAUGAGGUGACCGUGCAACUUUGCGCUGGCGUGUCGGCCACUCCCAGGUGUGUGGGGACGCCCCUACACCCCAUCACCACCACUACCACCACCUGACCACGAAGAGGCAAAAAAGGCAGAGACCUACCUGAAUUGCAACCUAACCUCGAGCUGGGGUUUGUAGUGGAACCCUGUAGAACCCCAGGCAGGCAAUGAGAGCCCUUUCUCCACCUCGGGGUGGCAGGUGCCCUCUGUCCAGGAAAGAUGAUGAUCCUGUUGGUGACGUCGCCCCAGCCCAGGCCCUCCCUGGUAUCUGUACGUGCGUGACCUUCUGACUUCUGGAUGUUAUCCUGAGUCUGUGCCGUGGCCGAGCCACGCGGAGAGUUCAGGGUCAGACUGGCAGCCUCAAGGGCAAUGCGGAGGUCUGGCUAGGAUGGGUAGAAUCAGUGAUUAUUUUGCAAACAACUUGGCCCAACUCAAAUACUUCUAGCUCUUUCUGCCCCUCCAAUCAAACCUCCCCAGGAUCCUUCCAGUCUCUUAUAACCCUCAGUGUCUUCCUUCCCUUUACUUUAUUUUGUUUCUGUUUUUUAAUCUUGCGAUCAAGAGACUAGAAAGGACAUCAGACAAAUCGAGUAGACUCUGACCAUUCUCCUUUCUAGCCCUGUGGAAACCUCAGUGUAGCUGCAAGGCAGUUGGGUUCCUUUCUGGAAAGGUCCUUGGCAAGCAAGUAAGAGCCGAGAGGAUGGUCACCCUGCUGUUGCCAGGUUCCCUUCCGCUUCUGCUACACAGCCAUCUGGUCAGGUGGGUGUGUGACUGGCAGGUAUCCGGGAGUGCAGCCUUGACCGAGAAGCUUGCAUGUGUCAGAUAGAAACAGUCCUGACCUUGGCCCUGAGUGCUCUCCCUCCUGUUUCUCAAGUGUUGGCAGAAGAGUGAAUCAGGGUGACCCUGCCCCUACCCCAAAUCCUGAGAAUCAGGAAGCUGGCAGGUCUAAGACAGGCCUUUAAAGCAGACAGACACACGUGGAGAAACCACACGGCUUUCAAAGCCAGAGCAGGGCCUGGGCUGCUGGGUGCAGGAGGCCAGAGGGCUACUCGGGAAGGGCUGGAGAAAGCCUCCCUCCAGGGGCCAGGAACCCUGCAUUCUGGUGCCUGCACCUGCCAGCUGGCCUGCAUGGCCACUUCAGCUUUUAGGUUUGCUCUCUGCCACGCCCCACUACUUGCCAGCCUCUGAGAAGGCCUCCCCCAACCCCACCUCAGCUUUUCUUGGUCUUCUGAGAGGGAAAGCCUGUCAUGUUGUACUGCCUCACGCGAGCAGCGGGCCCAGCCUGAAGAGCGCCCCCUGCUUGCUGGCGUCUCCUCUCUCUCACCCCCCACCACCACGCGCCCCCUCCAGCAGCACAUCCCAGCUGCCACACAGCACAGUCCCGGUGCCUUCUCCCCCGGAACACUGCCUAGAGCCUCCCCUCCCCACGUGCCUCUCAGGAGCCUGGCAGGAGGAAGCCCCUGCCCAUUCCUGCCCACGGUGACGACCUCGUCUUCUGUGUAGCGUGGGGAGGGGGCAGUCUCCCCGGAGAUCAGUGAAACCCACCACCCACCUCCUAGAACGAUGGGAAUGAAACGGGGGGCUCAAGGUGUGUCAGCUGUCAGCUUCCCACUUGGGGUGGCGGCAGCGGGGGUAGGGGAUGCAGCAGUGACCCAGGCCUGCCCAUCCCACCCGCUCCCUCGCCUCCCCCCCUCACCUGAACCCCGUAAGGCAGGAGCAACAGAGAAGCCAUGCCCCCUGCACUCCCUGCCCCCCAACUGCCACAUUCUCCAUCCUGACAGGGCACGUGGGGUCUGGGUCUGCAUUUGGUAAAGGCGACGUGCGUCAGCAAAGUUUCUUGUCUUCAGUGCUCACCAGGAGGUAAUAAACAGCUCACCUAAGGUGUCGAGGUGUUCAUAGAAAUAUUCCUUACAUGCAUUGGGAAGAUUUCAUUCUCACUCGAGUCUUUGAUUACCUCAGAUCAUUCUCAAAAGCAAGCCAAUGCCAAGCUCUGGAGGCUCUUUGAUCAAUUCCUGCUCCCAGAAGCCCCUCGUGGUGCCUGACAGGUGACCUGGGAGGCUCAUGUCUACUUUCUUUCUCUUUUUUUUAAGUCAGAUGGUUUAUUUUGUGUGUGUGUGCGUGCGUGCGUGCGCAUGUGUGUGUUCUAGUUUCCAUGGUAGAAGAGAAAAUAUAGAAAUAUUAUGCAAAAAAAUAUAUAUAUAGUUUUCUUUAGCUCAGAAAUGGAUCUUUUUAAGUCAGCCAUAUGUGUUUUUAUUUAAGGGAUUUCACAUGCAGUGCCAUCACGGACCCCCAGUGAGGGGAGUGCCCACCUAGCUCUCGGCUCCAACAGGUGACUCCAAGGGUCACUCACUGGUUUUACAACCAAGACACCCUACUUCCUUUCUCCAAACAGCCAUCUUUGUACUUGCCGGGGGGGGAUUUUUUUUUGUCGGGUUCUAGCCUUUUUUUUUUAAUAUAAAUGUCGUUGAUAUGGAAAUAAGUAAGUUUGGUGUUUACAUGCACGUAUCUUUUUUUAUGUGAGUUUUUUCUAUUCAGUUGCAGCGACCCAGCGGACGUUGAGUACAUACGGCGUAAGUCCCUAGUGCUUCUCCCCUGAAAACGGUGCUUUGGUUUGUGCAAAGGGUCUCACGGGGAGAAGGAGAGAGCCUCGGGCCUAGCAUCCUCUGUUGAGAACAGAGAAGAGGCAGUGGGGCAUAGCAGCUGGCGAGGGCCCCCUCCCACGGGAAAGGAGCCCACCUCUGCCCAGCCCGGCCCGCGGAGCCCGGCUGCCGUUAAAAUCCAACCAUCCGCCAGUGGCAUGUGCCCCAGAGAUGAGCAGGCAAAGUGGGGCCAAAGACCGUAAUAACUCCGGGUCACCAAGAUACUCCGAUCUGUGGUUUGCUUUUCUCUUAAAAGUUCCAUUGCUUCCUGCUUGCCUGGGAGUUUUCCAUCAGCAGGCUUUUGUGCAAGGAGUUGAUUGGUGAAUUGGUGACUCCUUUCCUCCCCUAGAUAGGUUUUGUGCUAUGGACCAGAGGGCAACGGAGCUCUAAGCUGGAGAUAGCAGUGAUGGGUUCUGGCCCUGGGUGACAGGUUUGGGGAUGGGCGUCCCCCGACAGUGAGGGAGCCAGGCACUUGGGUUUUGGGGGGGUGGGUUUCUCCUUUUCUGCCUUGAGCAUCAGAGGGGAGAAUGGCUCAGCUGCCUGAGCAACAAUGGACUUCACUGCUGCAAACCCAGAGCGGCCUGGCUGACUCGCAUGUGCCAGAAAAUCCUCAACACGCUCCCUGGCCUCUCUGUGCCACUGCCCUGGCGUCCCAGAUGAAGCAUCCCAUGGUCCCGUCACCCUCUGACACCUCCUCACCUGUCCCCUUGCAGAGGGACCACCACGCAGGUGGGCGUGGGUGCUUGGGAACUCCAGCCCCUCAUCCAAGAUAGGCCAGCCAGCUCCUCUCCCUCAUGGCUCCACGUGGGUCCUGUUUGCCCUCCUGUCCCUGCCGUCCGGCCUGCUGUCACCUUUUACCUUGACUAGGAGACACAGAGGGAGGGGAGCAGAUCGUGCUUGGGUCGGCUUUUGGUUCCCGUCUACCACCCCACCUCACCCAAUAUGUAUAUAUGCCAUAUAUUGGUGCCAAGAAGCCUGUGUAUGUUUUUCUCUUUGCCAGAUAUGACCUUCAAGUCCCUCCUUUACACUAGCUAAUAGAACAUGCACUGGUAUUUUUGUACAAAAAAAAAAAGUGAAACAAAAGGUUGAUUCUUACAGUCUGCAUGACAUAAACAGAAAAUGCUGUUGAAGCGAUGUGUGUGCCAUGUAGUUUGCAGUCAGCUUUUACAUGUACCUGGUCUGUAACUGCAUCUUGGUAUUCUCUAAGCUCUGUGGACAAUAUUUUGCAUGUAUUUAUGUGGUUCUUGGGGUGGGGGUGGGGGACCACUAUAAACGGGCAAAUCUGACAUUGAAAUGUGCUGUUCCACUGAGAAGGGAAGAAUUAGCAAAGGUGUUAUCAAAGGGAUCAUUUUUUUUAAGGGCGAUGGGGGAACCCAAUAAAGCUUUUUGCUGCUGAGUAGAAGCCAGCACUGCCAUGCACUGAGAAUAAACACCCAUGGCCACCUCU